AUGAAUAAAUUUUUUAUUUGUACUGUUAUUAUUAUUUUAUAUUUAAAUUUUACUUUAUCAAUUUUUGUUUUACAAACAAAUUUUAAAAAUAAAUAUGCAACAUUUGGGGGAUGUAAUUUUGAAACUUCAAUAGUCAUUGACAGUGAAGAAAUUGAAAACAUUGAUUGGGUCGCCCUGGAUAAUACUACAACUAUUUUCCAAUACCAGUUAGAGAAAUUUAGUGGUACAAUCACUUCACCUGUAUAUUUUUCAGCAAAUAUUGGAGAUAUAAUUUUUUAUGUCAAUGUUACUUCUAAAAAUCCAAGCUCUUCCCAAAUAUUUCCUCAAAAAAUUAUAUGUUAUGGUUUGGAAGAUAAUACAGACCCACCAUGGUUAUCAACAUUUAAUGUUGAUGUUUUUAGUGCAUCUCUUUCUUUUGAUUUUAAUAAAUAUAAACUAACAUUUAGGGGUGCACCAGAUGAUUUUUCACCAAUUUGGAGUAUAUUUAUAGGAUCUGAACAAUAUGAUCUCCCAUCCCCAAAAAAAAGUUCAAUUAGUUACGAUAAUAUGACAAUACUUCAUUAUGAACCAAGCGAAUUUGAAAUGAUUUCCUCUUUUGACUAUCCCCAAUACUGGUUCACUUUUAAACCAAUUGAAAGAUAUCCAUAUAUCAAUGUGAUGGAAUCUCCAUUUAAACCAAAGGUAGUCUCGAGUAAUAUUGAUGGAACCUUUAACUAUUUCAUAAAUCUAAAAUCAAUUUAUUAUGGGAGUCUAAACUUUAAAUUACAGUAUCAAAAUUAUUCAAAAUUAUCAAAAAUUAAAAAAAUAUAUAAUAAUACUUAUUUUCUAUUAAAUAUUUCAAAUAUAACAACCAAUGAAAUUGUUUUGAACAAUAAUAGAUUAUUUAAUAUUAAUUGUUUUAUAAAGAACCAAAUAAAUAGAAAAGAAAUUGAAUAUACUUGGAAAAGAUUUCUUUGGGAUACCACAUCAGUUGCUGGUUUUCCAUUUGGAUAUGGUAGUGGAAAUAAUAAUGAAUUUAUAAUGGAUUUUUCAGUUUUAACAACAUUAAAUUUAUCUGAUCAAGGAUAUACAUUUGAUAUUGGUGGAGAAACAAUAAAUUUUAAUGGUCCCAAUACAAAUUCAUCAGGCCCAACAAUUUUAGAGUAUAGAGAACAAGAUUAUUUUUUCAAUGUUAGAAGGGUUUAUUUGAAAUAUUCGACCCAAUUUAGUAUUUCAAGUAUAAUAUUAAAUAGUUAUAGUGGGGGUUAUAAAUCAAAUGGUAUUUAUCAAUAUUAUUCAACAGAUUUCAAUAUAUUAAGUGGUGAUUUAAAAAAUGGUGAAUUGGAGUUUUUCUAUCAAUAUAAUAUAAUGAGUGGACCUGAUUUUGAAAUUUUGCUAACUGAUACAAAUUCUAUUUCCACCGAACUAUUGCUAUCUUAUCCUGUUUUAAAUAAUUUUGGAUUUAAUGUUGAAUCAAUAUCAAAUAUAAGUUUCUUAUUUAAUGAUGUUAAUUUAACAAACUCAUAUGGUUAUAAUAUUAUGUAUCUUGAAACAAAUGAUUCUCCAUUGUCAUUUGAUCCAUAUCUUCAAAUAAUACCUCAAUGGGAUAAUAUAACAAUUAAUGGUGAAUGGAUUAAUUCAAGAUAUGAAUUUAAAUUUUUUAUGCCUCCAAAUAUUGUUCCAGGUGAUUUUGAAUAUGCAAUUAGAACACCAGGUUUACAUUAUAUUUUAAAUACUGAAUUACCUUAUGAAUACCAAUUGAAUGUAAUAUGUGAUCGUAUUGAUUUAAUGGGACCAAUUGUAACAACAAUGAAUAAAAAUCCAAGUUUAGGUGUGGCAUUAAUAGAUAAUGAAAAUUAUAAUAUUAGUUGGGUAGUUACAAUUAAUGAUUAUUCAGGUUUCAAUAAUGGUUAUGUUGUUGUUAUUGGUUCAAUUGAUAAUAUUCUUUAUAAUGUUUCAAUUGUUUCACCAAUUGAAUAUUCAAAUGAACUUACAUAUCAAAUCAAUAUAACAUUAAAUAAUAAUACAUGUACGUCUCAAACAUACUCAAUUGCAGAAAUGGUAUUGUAUGAUAGAUAUGGUUUAAAUUCAACUUUCUUUAUGAAUAAAGCUAUAGAUUAUACUCCAAAUAUCAAUCCAUUAUAUCCAAUUAAAGAUAAAAGUUUUUUCUCAAUUGAAACUGAAUGUCCAGGUGGUGUUUUCACUCAACCAGAAUUAAAAUCAUUUGAUUUUGAACCAAAAAGUAUUAAUGUUGGAUCAUUAAAUAGAGAUGUAACAUUUACAUAUGAAAUUUCAAUUGGAUCAGGUAUUAAAGAAUAUCCAAUUGUUUAUUUAACAAGUGCAACUUUCCAAAAAAUUAAAUGUAAUGAUGUAAUUACGACACAAGUAAAUUCAACAUUCAACCAAUACAAAUGUACAUUAACAAUACCGUAUGGAUUUGGAUUACCACAAGAUAUUAUGGUUAAUCUUUAUGGUUUAAUUGGAUUUGGUGAAUACUUUGGUUACUCAUCGCCUACAUUAAGAACCAUGGGAUAUCCAUUUUUAAUUGAAACAAGCUUCACUGUAAUGGAUUCUCAGAGUCCUGGAUUAAUUACAGGUACAAGUCUAAUAUCAACAGAAGGUGGUUCAUUAUUGAUAUAUGGUAAAUUCCCAAUAAAUGGUGAUUUUAAUGUUGAAUUCAGUCAAGGUUAUUCAUUAACACCUUCAAAGAAAUCUGGUUCAAUUAUUAAAGUCGAUGAUGUAAAACCAUCAAAUGAUCCAUUUACAAUUUCAAUUAAAAAUGGAAAUUCAAGAUCAAACAUGUACACAAUCACACCAUACAGAAUUAAAUACUUUAGACCAAUUUUAACAUCCAAAUGUAGAGGUACACCAAUUUGUGGUGGUCCAACCCAGGGUACCUGCGAUGAUGUAUUAGGUUGUAUUUGUAAUUCUCCAUGGGUUGGUGUAGAUUGUAAUUCUAAAGUUAUUGUUGUGCCUCAACCAGAAUUCAAUAAUACAUCUCCAACAAUUAUAUUAAAUGGUACAUCAGACAAUUCAGAAUCAAGCAUUGUUGCUUUAGUAAGUGUUGUAGCAAUUAGAGAGAUCGAUUAUAAUAAUAAAGUUUUACAUAUGUAUUCAUUUGAUAAAUGGGAUUAUAUUUCAAAUAAUUCUAAAUUAUCAACAUAUUCAUCCAAUAUUAUAAAUAAAAAUGGAACAACAACACCAAUUUCAGUUAGUAUUGAAUACUUUGAAAAUGAAAGAAAAAUUGAAUUUGCAGGUCAAGAAAUUAAAAUGAAACCAUCAUCAAUUAAAUAUACAAUUUAUAUUGAGAAAUAUCCAUUUUCAACUAGAUUGAGCCAAUUGCAAUUAAUUUUAUCAGCAACUGCUAUAAUUAAUUCAGAUUCAGAUUCAUGUUCAAAUAAAGAAUUUGAUAGCACAACGAGUCAAGGUUCAGAUUUUAUUAAAUUAUCAAUAUCAAAUAAAAGUUUAUAUGGUAGAUUAAUUAAAAGAGCAUUGGUUGAUUCAGUUCCAAUUACAAUUUCAAAUGAAUUAUUAGAUAAAUCAUUAGGUGCAAUUAGUGAUUCGCACACAUCUCAAUCAUUUAUUGGUAUUAAUGUACCAAUCUAUAACAAAAAUGUAAUAAUUGAUCCAGAUUUCUCAUUACUUCUCAAUUCAAAUCCAUCAACAACAAAUGAUAAUGAAAAUUCAAUAUGCUCACCAAAACCAUCAUCUGGAUUAUCAAAAGCACAAUUGGCUGGAAUUAUCGUUGGUUGUUCUGUUGCUGCUAUUGCAAUAACUUUUGCUACUAUUGUUACAAUAUAUAAAAAGAAGGUCAUUGCUAAACAAAUGAAAACAUUUUCAGCAAAAUUAAAACCAAUGUCUGAAAAUUAA